AUGGUAAGUUUCUAUUUUAUCUUAUUUUUCCUGCCAUUUACCCACUUUUUGUAUUAUACUAUCCAUGAAAAAUUUAGAACCAACAGAACUAUGGGAUGCCGCAAGGAAACCAAAAUUACAUGCAACAGCAACAGAUGGUAAGUUAAUUCGCUUCGUUUCUUAUGAUUUUAGUACCAACAACAGCAGCAAAAUCAGAUGAAUAUGCAUGGUCAACCUCACAUGCAACAGCAAGGUUUUUAUAUGGAUCAGAACCCGCAACAACAGAUGAUGCAGCAACAUGGCUCCUAUCAAGGUCAGGUUCAGGGAUCACAACAAAUGGGGAUGCAUAAUAUCACUCAACCUUCUCCGGGGAACUUCCCCAGUCAUGGUGGACAUAUGGGGCAACAAAUGAUGGGACAAGGAGGAAUGUCUGGGCAAGGGAUGGGUCAAGGAGGUAUGCCAGGUCAGGGAAUGGGUCAAGGAGGAAAUAUGGGAGGCCAAGGAGGUGGAAUGGGAACUCAAGGAGGCGGAAUGGGAGGUCCUGGGAGUAUGGGACAAGGUGGAGGAAUGGGAGGUCCAAGUGGGAUGUCGCAAGGUGGAAUGCAGGGUCAAGGAGGGAUGUCUGGCCAUAGUAUGGGACAAGGACCCAUUUCGGCCCAGAAUAUGAGCCAAGGAUCUAUUUCUAGUCAAGGAAUGGGACAAGGAUCGAUGCCAACGCAAUCCAUGGGUCAAGAUGGAAGAAUGGGAAGUCAAGGUGGAUUAUCGACUCAAGGGAUGGGUCCAAUGUCAAGUCAGCCGAUGUCUCACUCCUCCCAACCCAUGUCUCACCCUCCUCAGCCCAUGUCGCACUCAUCUCAACCUAUGUCCCAUUCAGGACAGACUCCUUUUGGCUCUCAACAUCAGCCCAAUACCCCGCAAAUGCAACAGCCUCAAUCCCAUAUGAGUAUGCCUCAGCCUUCUCCCCAACAAUAUCCGCAACAACAUUCGGUGGGCUCGUUUCAUAAUCCAAAUAGUAUUCCUCCGAAUGUUCAACCACAUACUCCACAGAAUCAACUUCAGACGCCCCAACGAGACGCCAGGUUUACCUCGCCGGCUUCUGUGACCCAAAGAUCACCGUUUCCCCCACCCUCAAGUCAGCCUCAAAUCUCAAGUCAGAUGUCUUAUCAAGUCCCACAAACCCCGCAAAUGCAGAAUCUCCAAACUCAACCACCAUCCCAGCCACCGCAGUCGCAUCCUCAAACGGCGCCGAGAGUAGCCCAGCCUCAGCAGCCUCCAACUCCAGCAUUUCCCAUCAAUUUGUUUGAGGCGAACAAGUUGCUGAUCGCAAAAGAGCUGAGACGAGCGAUUUUUGAAGUGAGUUCAAUAUUCCUUUUGUUUUGACUUGAAAUUUAGGUUUUUUUCACCUGAUUAUUGAGAAGAUUUUAGGUCACAGCCAAAGCCGAAGUCCUGUUGUCAUCAAAAUUCUGCUCGGACCCAUUGCCCAACCAAAACGUUUUAUCGAAUGUUAGUCUGUCGGAAUCCAAUCCAAGGUCGGUUCAACCAGCCUCAAAUGGAGCCAAAGACUCCCCAACCAAAGCUCAGAAGAUACCGGUGACAGAAGAGGAGUUCAAAGCCGCCAAGGAGAUGUUUUUGGCUGCUAUCUCGGUAUUUUUGAGUGUCUGCGAUGAUAUCGAGAGGAACUAUGUGAGUUUUUUUUUCAAUUUUAUUUGCCUAAAUUUAGGGUAGAAUAUUAUCAGAGCUUAUGUUUUGAGUUGGGACCGUUAUUAGCGAAUUUUGAACAUAUAAUUCUGAUUAUAUUAUACUAGACAUUAGUCAACAAAAUUAUUUUAGUUGAUCCUCAUCGAAGCCGAAAAGGAAUUGAACAGAUUUGAGCAGCUAGUAAAGACGCCAUCGACCGAUUCUCUUGCCAAGAACCUUGUACAGCCAUUGGAAGUUAUAGCCGAGGAUCGGCGGGCUGUUCAAAGAUCAGUCGAAGACAUGUGUAAAUUAGUCGAAUUGGUGCGAACCUGUGAAAUCCCGAGUAGAAAUUGUUAA